AUGUCUGUGAAAUGGGUUCCAUUGCUUCUGGUGAUACAACUGAGUUGUUACUUUAGCUCUGGAAGGUGUGGGAAAGUGCUGGUGUGGCCGACUGAAUAUAGUCAUUGGAUCAAUAUAAAAACAAUACUGGAUGAACUUAUUCAGAGAGGUCAUGAAGUGACUGUUCUAACAUCUGCAGCUUCCGUUCUUAUUAAUCCCAAUAUGGCAUCUGCUAUUAAAUUUGAAGUUUAUCCUACAUCUUUUAAUAAAGAAGAAAUAGAAAUUUCCUUCAUGAGUUGGAUCAAUGAAUGGACACGUAAGUCAAAAGAAUCGCCUUGGAAACAUUUUCCAGAAAUUCAAAAAAUCUUUUGGGAAUAUUCUGAUUAUCUUGAAAGGCUCUGUAAAGAUGUUGUUUACAACAAGAAACUUAUGAUGAAACUACAAGAAUCAAGAUUUGAUGUCAUUCUUGCUGAUGCCGUUGGUCCUUGUGGAGAGCUGCUAGCUCAGAUAUUUAAAAUACCUUUUUUGUACAGUAUCCGGUUCACUACUGGAUAUAAAUAUGAAAAAUAUAGUGGAGGACUUUUAGCACCUCCUUCCUAUGUACCUGUUGUUAUGUCAGAAUUGAGUGAUCAAAUGACAUUCAUGGAAAGGAUAAAAAAUAUGAUAUAUACACUUUAUUUUGACUUUUGGUUCCAGACAUUUAAUGAGAAGAAGUGGGAUCAGUUUUACAGUGAAGUACUAGGAAAACCCACCACACUAUCUGAAACAAUGGGGAAAGCUGAAAUAUGGCUGAUUAGAACCUAUUGGGAUUUUGACUUUCCUCGUCCAUUCUUGCCACAUUUUGACUUUGUUGGAGGGCUCCACUGCAAGCCUGCCCGUCCCUUGCCUAAGGAAAUGGAAGAGUUUGUCCAGAGCUCUGGAAAACAUGGUAUUGUUGUGUUUACUCUUGGGUCAAUGGUCAGAAACAUCACAGAAGAAAAGGCCCGUAUGAUUGCAUCAGCUCUUGCCCAGAUUCCGCAAAAGGUACUAUGGCGAUUUGAUGGCAAGAAACCAGAUACCUUGGGAUCCAAUACUAGACUCUACAAGUGGCUCCCUCAAAAUGACCUUCUUGGUCAUCCAAAAACCAAGGCUUUUAUAACUCAUGGUGGAACCAAUGGAAUCUAUGAGGCGAUCUACCAUGGGAUCCCUUUGGUGGGCAUUCCCUUAUUUGCGGAUCAACCUGAUAACAUUGCUCACAUGAAGACCAAGGGUGCAGCAGUGAGUCUGAACAUAGAUACAAUGACAAGCACAGAUUUACUCAAUGCUUUGAAGACAGUCAUCAAUGACCCAUUCUAUAAAGAGAAUGCUAUGAGGUUAUCUGCCAUUCAUCAUGAUCAGCCUGUUAAGCCCCUGGAUCGAGCUGUCUUCUGGAUUGAGUUUAUCAUGCGCCACAAAGGAGCCAAACACCUUCGACCAGCUUCCCAUGAUCUCACUUGGUACCAGUACUACUCUUUGGAUGUGAUUGGAUUUUUACUGGCUUGUGUGGCAAUCGUUACUUUUGUUAUCAUAAAAUGUUGCUUGUUUAGUUAUAAAAAGCUUUUCAAGAGAGGAAAGAAGAAAAAGAGGGAGUAG